AUGUCGCAAACAAUUGGUACCGUCACAGAAUUGCCUAAAGACUUAGUUAUUCCAGAUGACAUAAAAGUUCCUCCUGGAAAUGUUUUAAAAUUCGCAUUGCAUGCUACUGCACUAUUUUAUUUUAAAUGGUGUACUGAAGCGGACGGACCUACCUGCAAAUUUGCUGGCAGUGAUGGAUAUCUCUUCAAUUGCGCUGAAGAUGUUGCCAAUGCUCCAUAUUCAUACAUAGCUGAAAUAAAAGUUAAUGAUUUUACUAUGAGCACUGAAAUCGGUGAAAGUUUUCCAACAUGUACCAUAAAAUCACUCCUCAUGGAUGAUAUUUCUUCUCUUGAUUUUAAAGUACUUGCUGCCGUUGAAGCACCUAAUCCAGAAGCUGAUCAUAGUUGGGGCUUAAUGGAAACUUCAGGAACUGGUGCAUUUAGUGAUAUUACUUAUCUCCAAGCAGUUAAGACUGCUAAUGGUCAUUCACCCAUUAAUACUAAAUAUGUUGGAAAAUUUCCUGAUGGACAUAUUUCCAGUAUUCCUGCUCACUCUACCUUCUUAUUUUACAAAAAAUGUUAA